AACACAGCACCCAGAAAGCUGGACACCGUUUUGAUAAUAUUCCUAAGAAUAUGUAUGUUUGAUGCGUAACUCCCCACGCAUCUUCUUAAUUUGCAAUUGAUUCUACCGCCAUUUUUUUAUUUUUCGAAAACUCCCGACCUUUCAAUCUACCAUAAUCUUAAAGGAAGAACCGAUCUCGAAUUCAAGAAGCCUACCCUUAAUACCUAGUCAAGAACAAAAGAAACACCUGCCCGCUCUGCAGUUACGAAUACAGCCAAUAUGGCGACCUUCUUGGAACAGUCGUACAGCUUGGUACAUCAAGACAAUGCGGCAGACGUACCAACAAUGUCAGAUUUGAGGACGCAGUUGGAGAAAGGGACAGAUGAGAGCAAAGUCGAGACUAUGAAGCGCAUUCUCACAGUUAUGCUGAAUGGAGAUCCAAUGCCCCAAUUACUUAUGCAUAUCAUUCGAUUUGUUAUGCCUUCAAAAUAUAAACCAUUGAAGAAGCUUCUCUACUUUUACUACGAAAUAUGCCCAAAGUUGGAUGCCAGUGGAAAGCUCAAGCAGGAAAUGAUCUUGGUUUGGUAGGAGAACCCUGAGAUGCGAAAGUUGUGAUUCUUAUAUUGACAUACCCUACAGCAAUGGUAUAAGAAACGAUCUCCAACAUCCCAACGAAUACAUUAGAGGCAACACAUUGCGAUUUUUGUGUAAGCUCCGCGAAUCAGAACUCAUCGAACCCUGUCUCGCUCCGACCAAAGCAUGUCUUGAGCAUCGUCAUGCAUACGUGCGUAAAAACGCAGUUUUUGCCGUGGCUUCUAUCUUUCAACACUCCGAGAGUCUGAUCCCAGAUGCCCCUGAAUUGAUAGCCGCGUUUUUGGAGACAGAGAGUGAUCAUACCUGCAAGCGCAAUGCAUUUGCUGCAUUGGUUAGCAUCAGCCAUGAAAAAGCUUUGGCAUAUCUCAGUAGUGUCUUUGAUGGCAUACCAAAUGCGGACGAGCUGCUACAACUUGUGGAGCUGGAGUUCAUAAGAAAGGAUGCAGUUCAAAAUUCACAGAAUAAGGUAGUUUCCACUACCAAUUCACAAGACCCGGCUAACAUGUGUAGGCACGAUAUUUGCGACUUAUUUUUGACCUUUUGGAAGCCGGAGCUUCCACAGUUGUUUAUGAAGCUGCUUCUUCUCUCACAGCCUUGACCAACAACCCAGUAGCUGUGAAAGCAGCAGCCUCAAAGUUUAUCGAACUCAGUAUCAAGGAAGCAGACAACAACGUUAAACUGAUUGUGCUCGACAAAGUAGAUUUAUUGAGACAGAAGAAUGAAGGUGUUCUGGAUGAUUUGACGAUGGAGAUUUUGCGCGUGUUGUCGAGUCCGGAUAUCGAUGUACGAAAGAAGGCCUUGGAUCUAGCUUUGGAGAUGGUGUCAAGCAAAAACGUCGAGGAUGUUGUCCUGCUUUUGAAGAAAGAAUUGUCAAAGACUGUCGACCAGGAAUAUGAGAAGAACGCUGAAUAUCGACAACUCUUGAUUCACUCCAUACAUCAAUGCGCAAUUAAGUUCUCCGAAGUCGCUGAAAGUGUGGUUGAUCUCCUAAUGGACUUCAUCGCCGAUUUCAAUAACACAUCGGCGGUUGAUGUUAUCUCAUUUGUGAAAGAAGUAGUGGAGAAAUUCCCCAAACUGCGACCAUCCAUAGUUGAGCGCUUGGUAUCAACCUUAAGCGAGGUCCGUGCUGGAAAGGUGUACAGGGGAGCUCUUUGGAUAGUUGGUGAAUAUUCUCUAGAGGCCAAUGACAUUAGAGAUGCUUGGAGACGUAUCAGAGCUAGCUUGGGGGAAAUCCCCAUCUUGGCUUCUGAACAACGUCUCCUCGACGAAGCAACUGACGGGCAAGAGCCAAAAGAGGCGGAACAGAUCAACGGACAUUCCAAGGCAGCACCAACAGGCUCACGGAGAGUCCUCGCCGACGGUACAUAUGCCACUGAAAGUGCCCUUACAAGUCAAUCUGCUGUUACGGCUAAGUUGGAGGCGGUCAAAGCCGCCCAAAAGCCACCCCUUCGUCAACUCAUCCUCGAUGGAGAUUAUUACCUAGCUUCUGUUCUUUCUUCCACACUUACUAAACUCGUCAUGCGCCACUCUGAAAUCUCAUCGGAUACUGCCCGAACCAAUGCUUUACGUGCUGAAGCAAUGUUGAUCAUGAUUUCCAUUAUUCGUGUUGGUCAAUCGCAGUUCGUGAAAGCGCCAAUUGACGAAGAUUCGGUUGAUAGGAUUAUGUCUUGUGUUAGAUCCCUUGCAGAGGUUGCCCAAAAUAAGCAACUCGAAAGCGCGUUCCUGGAAGAUACUAGAAAGGCAUUCCGAGAUAUGGUUCAAGUAGAAGAGAAAAAGCGAGCAGCUAAGGAAGCAGUGGAGAAAGCCAAAUCGGCCGUCCAAGUUGAUGAUGUCGUUUCCAUCAGACAGCUUGCAAAGAAGAACACAGUCGACGGGGCUGACGAGAUUGAACUUGACCUUGAAAAGGCAACCGGGGGAGAUUCUUCAGUUGAAGAUCUCUCAUCAAAGCUCAGUCGAGUUGUACAGCUCACCGGCUUCUCCGAUCCAGUCUACGCUGAGGCAUACGUUACAGUACAUCAAUUUGAUAUUGUAUUAGAUGUUUUAUUGGUAAACCAAACAACCGAGACUCUCCAAAAUCUGUCUGUCGAAUUUGCAACAUUAGGUGAUCUCAAGGUUGUAGAAAAGCCAACUACUCAGAACCUUGGGCCACAUGAUUUCCAAAAUGUACAAGCUACCAUUAAGGUUUCCUCAACAGACACUGGAGUCAUUUUCGGAAACGUCGUCUAUGAUGGCGCAAGCUCGACUGAGAACAGUGUGGUCAUCUUGAACGAUGUUCAUGUAGACAUUAUGGACUAUAUUCAACCUGCUGUAUGCACAGAAACUCAAUUCCGUACAAUGUGGACAGAAUUUGAGUGGGAGAAUAAGGUCAACAUCAAUUCAAAGGCGAAGACGUUGCGAGAAUUUUUGAAUCAACUCAUGGCGUGCACAAACAUGAACUGCUUAACACCGGAGGCUUCAUUAAAGGGCGAUUGUCAAUUCUUAAGUGCUAAUCUUUAUGCACGAAGUGUUUUCGGUAAGUUGUAUCUUUAAUAUAGCGUUGAACUAGUUACUAACAACAUUCUAGGCGAGGAUGCUCUUGCUAACCUCAGCAUUGAAAAAGAGGGUGAGGAUGGACCAGUCACUGGAUUUGUUCGAAUUCGAAGCAGGUCUCAAGGUUUAGCACUCAGUUUGGGAUCAUUAAAAGGGUUGAACAAGGUUGUUGAAGUUGCUUGAGGAAAUGGAAAAUAAUGACAAAAUCUGUAUCAUCAUUUUGUCACGUCCGGAUUAAUGGACAUUUGGGACAGGUACAGCUAAUAAGACGAAGGUGAAGACGAAGAUGGUAAAGGAAGGCGCUGGAGGGCUGAAGCUGGCUCAACUACAGGCGUCAAUCUUGUUCAAGUCGUGCUGUGUUAUAUGUAAGCCUGCCGUUUUUGUUGUUGAAAUGAUGAUGAUCGGGGACCUUGCGCCAAAAAGGGCACAAAAAGGAGUUUUAUCUAGAAUCUGAGGCAUUACAAAUAAAUGUUUUGAAUCUCCUAAUAUUGAGUUUCAUUCUCGCUUAUAGUGUAAAGAGGUGUAAGGUUAGUGUAAAGAGGUGUAA